CGUGAAUGCUAACUCAUUCACUCCCACUCUCUCUCCAGAAUCUUCUUCGAUCGCUACAAAGAAAGAACAAAGAUAAUUGCUCACUUUCUCAUUCGAGCUGAGAAAAGGAAAAGAAAAUCCGGGGAUAUUGAAUCUUAUUCGGCAAAAAGGACUGAACAAAUUGCGUGUUCUGGAGAUUUGGCGAAGGAUUCUUUCAUAAGCCUAUUUUUUGAAGAAGUCGCUAAGGAUUUGAAUAAUGGUGGAAUUGGAGGAGCAGAGGAGGCCACCUUCAGAUAGAGAUGGCGAUGAUGAUAUUAUCACAGAAGGAGCCUCAGUUGUGCAUGGAGAACCUCCCCAAGAUGAAACAGGCCCUCCUAAAGUAGAUUCGGAAGUUGAAGUUCUCCAUGAGAAAGUUAAGAAGCAAAUCAUGAAGGAAGGCCAUGGUCAGAAGCCAUCAAAAUAUUCGACUUGCUUCUUGCAUUACAGGGCAUGGACAGAGAGCACCCAACACAAGUUCGAAGAUACAUGGCAUGAACAACAACCCCUUGAGCUUGUACUGGGGAAAGAGAAAAAAGAAAUGACCGGGUUGGCCAUUGGCAUUUCUAGCAUGAAAUCUGGUGAACGCGCAUUACUACAUGUUGGUUGGGAACUAGGCUAUGGAAAAGAAGGAAGUUUUUCUUUUCCAAAUGUUCCUCCAAUGGCAGAUAUUGUGUACGAAGUUGAACUGAUUGGUUUUGACGAGACUAAGGAAGGAAAAGCUUGCAGUGACAUGACAGUAGAGGAGAGAAUCGGUGCAGCAGAUAGAAGAAAGAUGGAUGGGAAUGCAUUAUUCAAGGAGGAAAAAUUGGAGGAGGCAAUGCAACAGUAUGAAAUGGCCAUAGCGUAUAUGGGAGAUGACUUCAUGUUCCAGUUGUUUGGGAAGUACCGAGAUAUGGCUUUGUCAGUAAAAAAUCCUUGUCACCUCAACAUGGCAGCAUGCCUGAUAAAGCUCAAGCGCUAUGAUGAAGCGAUUGCACAUUGUGGUAUUGUUUUGGUGGAGGAUGAACACAAUGUCAAAGCACUGUUUAGACGUGGCAAAGCUAGAGCAGAACUCGGGCAGACAGAUGCUGCUCGUGAAGAUUUCUUGAAGGCGCGCAAGUAUGCCCCACAAGACAAAGCAAUAGCGAAAGAGUUGCGUCUCCUAGCAGAACAUGAAAAGGCUGUAUAUCAGAAGCAGAAGGAGCUCUACAAAGGAUUAUUUGGAGCAAGGCCUGAUCCGAAACCAAAGCCUAAAAAUUGGUUGAUUUUAAUUUGGCAAUGGUUGUUGUCAUUAUUUUAUCGCCUUUUCAAGGGACAGAGGCAGAAGGCUGAUUGAUGUUACUCAAGUUGAGAGAUCCACUUGUGAAGUGCACAUUACUUGCAACUCAUCAUCCAACUCCUUAAUAUUAGAACUUCUCCAAUAAUAUUUUUGUCUUACUCAUCAACCAUCUUGAAUUAUACUUUAUAUGGCAAUUGAAGGUUUUGGAGAUGAAGUUUCAGCUGGCUUUAUGUGGCUACAGAUGUCCGAAGAUCUGAUUCAAGUUCUGAGUCCACAAAUUAUUUCUGAUUGGCAUUCCAAUUUUUUCUUCCUAUCAUAUUUGUUGAAACCGGAUUACAGUUCUAGGUCCCAGUUGAGAUAUGCCUAAAUUGUCGAAGAAUGCGUUGUUUUGGAAACCUCUGCUAACAAGGCAACUUGAAGCCAAAUUGUUGACCAGAUGACUGCAGACGGCGGUCUCUUCUAGCAAGGCAACUUGAAGCCAAAUUGUUGACCAGACGACUGCAGACAGCGUUCUCUUCUAGCAAGGCAACUUAAAGCCAAUUUGUUGGGCAGACACUGCAGAUGGCGAUCUAUGCCUGUGAAAUCUGGCUUUAGGGAUGCUGAGGAGAGAACAAGAUUUAGCUUCUAGGUUAUGUAACUUUAUGGUCUCCAAGAACUUCAUUGUCCAACAUUUUUUCAUUGUUCUGUUCAUUUUUCACACACCAAGAAACAAAAAGAAACAUAUUCCGGAAGUUUAUACUUACAUUGAUCAAUAAACUAUUCAGAAUA